GGGGGGUUAACAAGUGAUUUCCCCAGGCAGGGAUGAAGCUCAUCGUAAAUGAGCACACGCUUCAUUUCAGGUAGGGAAAUGUCAAUCAAGUAGUCAUCGGGGGGCUCGUGCAAGAUCUAGCAGAAUCCUCAGAGGAACCAACACAAAGGCUACGUUUCGAGAUGUCGCUGUUUCUAUUUUGAUUUCACAUUUUGUAGUUAAUACAGAGCAACGUUUCGAUGAUCUCGUAAUGGCGCUCCUGCGCCAUCAACCCCUAUUUGCUGGCCAAUGGCACCAUCAAGAUUGAACUAUUUGAACUCUACCUAGCAACAAGUGACUAAAUAAAAGUGAGACAUGAGCACCUGGAGUUGAAAUAUUUAUGAACUGUGCAUAGCAGCGAAUGACUGCGCCGAACAAAAAUUGUUUCACCUACUCACCAAACUUCAGCCGUCGUUUGUUGAGCAAACUGGCAUUCCUUGGACAAAGAUAGGAUGUUCUAAAUCCGAGCAUCAUGGACUCCUGGAUCUUGCCGUCAUCCCUCCCGAACACGUCGGGGCAGCUCAUGUUCGACAGCUUCCUGCCGGCGAACGAGUCGGACGCGCUGAGCAACGACACGGACGGCGGGAGUUUCGACGGCACCAGCACGGCGGUCAUCACCUGUAUGUACUUCCUGGUGUGCGCCGUGGGCCUGUGCGGCAACACCUUGGUCAUCUACGUCAUCCUGCGCUACGCCAAGAUGAAGACGGUCACCAACAUCUACAUCCUCAACCUGGCGGUGGCCGACGUGCUCUUCAUGCUGGGCCUGCCCUUCAUCGCCAUCCAGCUGGCGCUGGUCCACUGGCCCUUCGGCCCAGCGCUGUGCCGGGUGGUUAUGACGGUGGACUCGCUCAACCAGUUCACCUCCAUCUUCUGCCUGACGGUGAUGAGCGUGGACCGCUACCUGGCCGUGGUGCACCCCAUCCGCUCCACCGAGUGGCGUAAGCCCCGCAUGGCCAAGACGGUCAAUGUGGCGGUGUGGGGGGUGUCGCUGGUGGUCAACCUGCCCAUCGUCAUCUACAGCGGCGUCAUCACCAAGCACGAUGGAUGCUUCUGCACCAUCGUGUGGCCCGAGCCGCAGGAGGCCUACUACACCGCCUUCAUGUUCUACACCUUCGUCCUGGGCUUCUUUCUGCCGCUGCUGGUCAUCUGCAUGUGUUACCUGCUCAUCAUCAUCAAGGUGAAGUCGUCGGGCAUCCGCGUCAGCUCCUCGUCCAAGCGGCGGCGCUCGGAGAGGAAGGUGACGCGGAUGGUGUCCAUCGUGGUGGCCGUCUUUGUGCUGUGCUGGCUGCCCUUCUACGUCUUCAACGUGACCUCGGUGACAGGCACGCUCAGCACCACGCCGGUGCUGCGCAGCACCUUCGCCUUCGUGGUGGUGCUGGGCUACGCCAACAGCUGCGCCAACCCCAUCCUUUACGCCUUCCUGUCGGAGAACUUCAAGAAGAGCUUUCAGAACGUUCUGUGUCUCAAGAAGGUCGGCGGGCUGGACGAGGCCGAGCGCACCGACAGCCGCCAAGACAAGUCCCGCAUGAUGACCGACCCGACGGAAACCCAAAGUACUCUGCUCAACGGGGACCUGCAGACCAGUAUCUGAUCCGCCUCGGCGUGCUUGACUCAUCUUGGCUGUUCUCGUUUCUUUUUCCAUUGACAUGUUAACUUUUGUCACUUGCAUGAUUUUCAACAAUUGUAAAAGAUAUUUAAUUUUUGAGACGUGUUUUUUUUUGCACCCAGCUGUGUGCAAAACGUGAAUUUGAGAAGGGCUACGAGACUUUAACAUUCGACUCACGUGUUGGAUUGUUGCAUCGUGUUUGAUAAAAAAAUAAAUAAAUAAUGCUUUUACGUGACUAAUCGAAUUGUAGUAUAGUAGUGGAGCUUUGGGACACAUUUAGAGUGUUCUAUAUUUCCAUAGCAACCGUGAGCACAAGUGUUAGUCCCGCUGAAUAAUUCAUUGGCGUCAUAAUACAAGUAGCAACUCUGUGGGGUGACUAAUAGAAUUUUGGUGUAUUUUGUUUCUUGCUCUGAUGCUGACACUGCUUUUAUUUUAAUAAGGCUAUUUGUUGUCCCUCAGCAUGGGGCAACUUUUCAUGAAGUGGACUACUCACACAAAGUUUGGAAAAUUGUGCUUUUGGCUUUUGACAUUUAAGGAUGAAGAUAAAUUUAACUGUAAUCAACUUAGUGACUGAUACAAUUCUUCUUUUUUAUUUAUUUGAAUUAUUUUUUUUUGGUGUAUUUUGUUUCUUGCUGUGAUGCUGACACUGCUUUUAUUUUAAUAAGGCCAUUUGUUGUCCCUCAGCAUGGGGCAACUUUUCAUGAAGUGGACUACUCACACAACGUUUGGGAGAUUGUGCUUUUGGCUUUUGACAUUUAAGGAUGAAGCUAAAUUUAACUGUAAUCAACUGAGUGACUUUUAUUUGUUUGAAAUAUUUUAUCACUAUUUAUUCAAGAUUUAUAUGCUCUUUCAUGUGGUACAUGAAAGAAUAACUUUUCAUUUCCACUUCAAUACUGUACAUUAGAUUUUGAAUUUAAAUAUUUGUUUUUUAACUUUUAUUUCAGUGCUGUGGUUAACGUAUGCUAUUUAUUAUUAUUAUAUAUUUGAACUGAAUCUUUAAGUUAUUUUUUUAUAUUUAAGCACGAGUGUUUGUGUUUAAAGUGUGCUUAACGUUACAGUGGCUUGUAUACUUUUUAACUUCCAAAAACUGUCUUGUUUUGGAUGAACGCUUAGCCCUACUUGACUACUGUUCAAUGUUGGCCAUGGUCAUUUCUAGGUGGCAAAAAUUUUGCAAACUACCGCUGAACGUGGCGAUAUCAAGUAUUAAAAAAAAAAAAAACACGGCCAAAAUUUGUUGAUUAUACAUACGUAUACGUUUUUGUUUAUGUAUAUACCGAUGGAAAUUGUAUAGUACGUUAAAAUUAAAUAACAUGUACAACGUUUUGGGUGUAAAUAAAGUAAAUCACUGACUGCGAGCAGCAAAA